AUGAGUAAAUCCAAAUCCUUCUAUGGUGAUUAUGACUUCCCCUAUAUUGUUGGGGCUGCAAGAGCUCUCCAAUUCAGUUGCUGUAUAUUUCAAAUCCUUAUGAUUUUCACCCAAUCCGGAAGUAUCGACAUCAUUUUGUUUAUAUAUUACAACAUUUUAUGUGUUAUGUACACCAUACAUAUUUUCAGAAGAUGGUACUACAAUAUUGACGGCCGCUUCGAUUUACGCCAACUUAUCCGUGAACCUGAAAAUACCACAAAAGUACAGUACUCAAUAGCGUUGUUCACACCGACUGUGUUGAGCAUUCUCAUAUACUUAAGCGUCAAGCUUUAUGAUGGUUUUGUUAUAUUUUUAUGGGUAAUAACAUGUAUAAUUGAGAUGUUAUUAGCCGUUGGAUUACUUGGCCUCGAAGCAUUCGAAGUAUUUGUUCUUAAGAACUAA